UCUGACGAAGCUUCAGUGUGAAGGCUACAGCAGCGCCUAUAGCCUGGCCCCGUUGAGGAUUAAUGGGCCUGAUGAGUGGGCCUAUGGAAUUCGUGUGAAGUAUACGGUCCAGGCAAAUGAAGACUUCUGUAGAGCGUGCCAAGCCACUGGCGGCACGUGUGGGUACGGUACGGACGGUGUUAGACAGCUGUGCAUGUGUGGUACCUCCAACUCUACCUCCACCUGUGAUUUUGUUAUGAGCUCAUUAUCAACGAGUAGCUGGAAAACGUGGGCAAUAACAAAAAGCAUAUUCGCAGGAAGCUUGAUGCUGAUGUUACAGUAGUCAAAGAAGAGCCAGUUAUAAAAAGUGGGAGAUUCUGGAUGUACACGUGUAUGGACCGAGAAUUGGAAUCAAUUUAUAAAUUUUGAGCAAUUCA